AUGCCGGAGAGUUCUUACCGCCCACCAGCCAUUCAGGGUCCUUCUGGCGGGCAUUCCAGUUAUCAGGGUUCUUCCAAUGCUCACUCCAGUGCCACACCAGAGAGUUCGUAUCGCCCACCGUCCAUCCAGGGGUCUUCUGGUGGGUAUCCGGGUCAGCAGGCCCAGACUUCAAGGUAUCAGACUUCGGUGCCGAGAGGAUGUUACGAGUGUGGAGAUCCGGGUAAUAUUAAGAGGACUUGUCCCAGACUUCGGGGCAAGGCGGUGCAGCAGGGUCAGCAGUCCAUGGAUCCAGCACCAGCUGCCCAGCCAUCUAGAGGUGGAGGGCAGACUGGUAGAGGCCGUCCCAGGGGUGGAGGCCAGACGGGGAGAGGUCAGCCAGCUACUACUCAGACAGGUGGGGGCCAGACAGCCGGUGCUCCGUCUAGAUUCUAUGCUCUUCCAGCCAGGCCAGAUGCAUUGGCCUUAGAUGCCGUCUUCACAGGUAUUAUUUCGGUCAGCGGUAGGGAUGCAUCGGUGGUGGAUAUUCUUGAGAAGGUGGGAAAGACAUUAGUGGAGGUGGUGCAGGCCAUUGCGGGUCUUGUGGAUGUGGAACAUAUGGCAGUGCAUUGUGGAUAA